GGUAUAUAUCUGCUUCCGCGCGGUUUGAUGUUAUAUUCAUGUCCCAAUCCCAUUAAUCUUUAAUUGGGUUCUUUGAUUGUAUUACCCUCAUAUAAUAAAUGGUUCUAUUUCUAAAUUAUUUUUAUUAACAUAAAAAAAGAAAUUUUAUUUUUUUGGAUAAUAGAUUUUUUUUUUUUUUUUUUAUCACUGGUUUGGUUUGGGCAGAGGAAGAAUCCAAGAUGAGGUUCGAUUGCAUCCUACAAACACAAGGCCCCAAAUUUUUUUUUAAAAAAAAACAGAAACUCAAAAGCCCAUAUUUAAACCCAAGCAUUUGUUGGGCCACAAACUCCAACUUGGAAAGCGGUCGCGUCUUUAUAUAACCCACAAUUUAACUCGCAAAAUAAUCAUUCGUUAGUCGUUAUUACGCGGAACGCCCCCGCCUCUCAGACUCGCAAUGUCUCCUCUCACCGGAAGCGAAGAGGACCAGUUUUCCGGCAGCGAUAGAGAAGAAGAAGAAGAAGAUGACGACGAAGAUUUCGACGAGGACAUGGAAGCCAUAAGGCGUGCCUGUAUGCUCACCGGCAAGAACCCCGACGACCUCAACCCCAACAACAACAACCACGGCGGCGACGACCCCCGCCACGCCUCCGGUUCAGAGUCCGAAUCCGACUCCGACGAAGGCGACGAUGACAUUGAGUUGCUCCGGAAAAUAAGGAGUCGAUUCUCGAAUAUUUCCAAUUUUUGCGAGCCUCUGUCUCUGAAGCCUUUGAGUUCAUUGCCGCCUGCUGUCUCCGACGACGAAGAGGACGAUUACCAAACGCUUCUUUCCGUUCAGAAACGUUUCGCAGCCUACCAAAACGAUACUUGCAAACCAGUGAAGGAAACUUGCAAUGAAAUUGCUCAUGAAAGUUCUCAGGGUACUGAAGAUGCAUGUAUGGCCAUCCAUCCACUGAGUGACAAUGCUGAGGGACAGCCUUCCGCUUCGAUUGAGUUGCAACAAUCUGAUUCUUGCAGGCCAUCUACGUUGCCAGCCAAAUACUCAACCUUCCCAAAGUCUGCUCAGGUGUUUAUGGAUGCCAUUAAGAAGAAUAGGUCCAGUCAGAAGUUUCUUCGGAGUAAGUUGGUCCAAAUUGAAGCAAAAAUUGAGGAGAACAGAAAACUGAAGGAACGUGUCAAAAUCCUUAAAGACUUUCAAGUUUCUUGCAAAAAACGAACAGGGGAGGCAUUGUCCCAAAAGAAGGAUCCUCGUGUCCAGUUAAUUUUGGUGAACAGGCCAAGGAAGUUUAGGGAUUUAAAGGCUCAUGACAAAAAGAUCUCAGCUAUGUUUUAUGGCCCAGAAGAGAAUUCACAUGUUGCUAACUACAGAAUGACAUUGACGAAAUUUCUGCAUUCAUUAGAUCGAAAAAAAUGGUCAAAGGCCGAAAAGAAAGCCCUUGAAAAGGGAAUAAGACAACAAUUUCAAGAAAUGGUGCUUCAGUUUUCUGUACAUGAAUCGAGUUGUUCUGAGAGACCGUAUGGAGACUCUAAUCAUAUCGAUGACAUUUUGGCUUCAAUCAAAGAUCUUGAAAUUACCCCAGAAAAAAUUAGAGAAUUCCUGCCUAAGGUUAACUGGGAGCAGUUGGCUUCCAUGUAUAUCGUUGGUCGUUCUGGUGCAGAAUGUGAAGCAAGGUGGUUGAACUGGGAGGAUCCUUUAAUCAAUCACAAAUCAUGGACUGCGAAGGAGGACAAGAAUCUUCUGCAUCUUGUCCAGGAGAAGGGGAUUGAUAAUUGGUUUAAUGUUGCAGUAUUGUUGGGGACAAACAGGACUCCGUUUCAGUGCUUGGCACGCUAUCAAAGGAGCCUAAAUGCUUCCAUACUGAAACGGGAGUGGACCAAAGAUGAGGAUGCAAGACUUCGCUCAGCUGUAGAAGCUUUGGGUGAAGGUGAUUGGCAAUCUGUUGCUUCUGCUUUGGAAGGACGGACUGGUUCCCAAUGCUCUAAUAGAUGGAAGAAAUCUCUUCAUCCAACCAGGAAAAGAGAAGGUAGGUGGACUCCAGAGGAAGACAAACGUCUGAAAGUGGCUCAAAUGCUCUUUGGCCCCAAAAAUUGGAAUAAAACAGCUCAAUUUGUGCCUGGUCGAACUCAGGCACAGUGUAGAGAUAGAUAUGUCAACUCUUUAGAACCUUCUUUGAAGUGGGGUGAAUGGACUGAAGAAGAGGACUCAAGAUUGAGAGAAGCCAUUGCAGAAUAUGGAUAUUGCUGGUCCAAAGUUGCUGCAUGUGUGCCUAGACGUACUGAUAAUAUGUGCUGGAGGAGAUGGAAGGUGUUAUUUCCAGAUGACGUGUGCUUGCUCAAAGAAGAGAAAAGAAUAAGAAAGGUGGCUCUUAUGUGCAACUUUGUUGAUCGGGAGACAGAACGUCCAGCCCUUGGCCCUAAUGAUUUUCAUCCGCCAAUUGUUACUUCAACCAAAACUUUAACUUAUUCUAGGAAGCAGAAAGGAAAAUUAAGCAAAGUUUCGAAGAAGAUUAGAUCCAGGAGGCAAAAAAAUGGUCAAAGUUGUUCCAAGGUAUCUGAGAUAGAUAGUUUUGAUAAGGUUGAGACAUGUGAUGGACAUGAUGCCUCAAAUACGAAGAAUAAAGUUCGUAAACAGCGACGCAUAAGGCACAAAGGUACUCAUUGUGAGCAGGAUACACACAAAGAACCUAGGGAAAUGUCUUGUUCAGAUCAGAUUGUAGGAACAUCAGAUGGAGAUGAUACUACACUUGCUUGCUUUCUACGCAAUAAAUCAAAGAAGAGAAAGCUUGGCCCUGUCCCCUCAAUCAAUGGAAAAAAGAAGAGAAAGCUUGUAGCUUCUGAUUCUGCUGUUCAGGAGUGCCCCGCAAACAGUAUAGAGGAGGGAUCUGAAGUGCAUCCUGAAAUGAAUAAAGUUUGCGAUGGAAAUCAAAUAGUCUCUUUCCGGAAAGAUGAUGAGUUUAUAGUCCAUUGUGAUGAUAGAAUUUCAGAAAGAAUGCCAACUUGCAGCGUGCAGUCUAGUCAUUUGAAUGGUAACACCAUGGCUAGUGACAAGGAGCCUGAUGGACUAAAGUUAGUCAGUGGGUGGAAGGCUGGCUUACAAGAACCUGUGAGGAAAGUGGUGGCCAUUGAUCCAGAAAGUGAUGGUGAUACUGAUGAUGUUGUUCUUGCUUCCUGGAGGAAAAAGAAAUUGAAGAAGAGGCACCCUCAAACUGCCAAAAGCGGUCCUCACGCUUGCCCUCCCUCAGGUGUAACGACAAGAUCAGAGCCGCUUCCGAAAAGAGUAGAUCAGUCUAAUGAUCGAAGCCAAGUGCCCUUUGUGGCUGUUGGUAAUGAGCCUGGUGCAGUAGAUAUAGGAAAACAACAUGGGGUUGAUCAUUGUGAAACUGUGAGGGAAAUAGUGAACAUUGGCGCAGAAGGUGAUCAUGAGGCUGGUGAUACAACACUCGCUUGCUUUCUGCGAAAUAAAUCAAAGAACAGGCAGCGUCAGUCGCGCAGAGGUGAUAACCAGAAGCCAAGGUGAUAUUUGUGAAAUAAAUCAAAGAACAGGCAGCGUCAGUCUCGCAGAGGUGAUAACCAGAAGCCAAGGUGAUAUUUGAAGUUUUCAUCUAUGCACAUGAAAAAAGGGCCUUGAUAGUAGCCAUAUAAAAGCUAGUACAUCUGUAGAAUACGGAAGUCAAAAAACCGGUUACGCAAUGUUUAGGACCAUUUGAUUGCAGGCAGGCAAAUCAUUGAGAAGGAUUUCUAAUAAUCUUUGCUGGUGACAAUGAGCCAGCUAAGUCAGUUUUGUUGAAGUUAUCACCAGCUCGUGAGGACAUAGAAAAAAAGGUGAAGUGUACUGUAGCAUAUACAGAGGAUUUGGAACUGGGAUUCUUGUGUUAGUGAUGCUACUACGGCGCUUGUGUUAACCUCGAUUGCUCUUUCGUCACAUUAGCCAAAAAAAAAAUUGGAGCUUUUGUAGGAUUCUAUUUAUCUAAGAAGUCUUGUAAAAUGUACGUAUAAUUUUCUUUGGUUGCCUUGAGCAACCAAUUUUGAUGAGUUACAGCUGUAUAGCGACUAUUCAUUGAAAAUAUAAAUUUUCUUACAAUUUGAA